UUGGAAAAUUCUCAAUCGACUGCUACAUCGGUUUCUCUUCUGGACCUUAAGUCAGACAACACUCCUCAGCCCCCUAGUGCACACUUCAUUUCCACCCCGUGUCACUGAUCCGUCACAGAGACCUCAGCAAUCAACUGAUCAACAGAGAAUGGGGCUCUGGGCUCUGGCAAUCCUGACAGUUCCCAUGUGCUUCAUGGUAACAAAGGGCAGCAAACUGUCCUGGGGCCUAGAAGAUGAGGCUUUAAUUGUGAGCUGCCCCCAGAAAAGAGGCUCCCCCGUGGAAUGGUACUACUCAGAUACAAACGAACGUAUUCCUACUCAAAGAAGAAGUCGGAUCUUUGUCUCAAAAGACCGUCUGAACUUUCUCCCAGCCAGAGUGGGUGACUCUGGGGUUUACUCUUGCAUUAUCAGAAGUCCCAAAGUGAAUAUGACUGGGUAUGUGAAUGUCACCAUAUAUAAACAGCCGCCGGGCUGCAGCCUUCCCGACUAUAUGAUGUACUCGACAGUCCAUGGGUCAGUAAGGAAUUCCAAGAUAACCUGUCCAACGACGGAGCUCUAUAACCUGACAGCACCCGUGCAGUGGUUUAAGAACUGCAAAGCUCUUGGAGAGCCCAGGUUCAGGGCGCACCUGUCAUACUUGUUCAUCGACGACGUGAGGAGCGAUGAUGAAGGUGACUACACGUGCAAAUUCACGCACACGGAGAACGGAACCAGCUACAAUGUGUCCGCAACGAGGUCCUUCACAGUGGAAGAAAAAGGCUUUUCUAUGUUUCCAGUAAUUACAACCCCGCCAAAGAACACAACAGUGGAUGCAGAAAUAGGCAAAGCGGUGAACAUCACCUGCUCAGCUUGCUUUGGCAAAGGCCUUCAGUCCUUGGCUGUUGUCCGGUGGCAGAUUAACAAAAGGAACAUUAAAAAUUUUAGUGAUGCAAGAAUUCAAGAAGAGGAAGGGCAAAAUCAUAGUUCCAGCAAUGGCCUGGCUUGUUUAACCUCGGUGUUAAGGAUAACCAGUGUGAGAGACAAGGACUUCUCCCUGGAAUAUGAGUGUGUGGCCCUGAACUUUCACGGCGGGAUAAGGCACCCCAUAAGCCUGAGAAGAAAAGAGCCAAUUGACCACCAAAGCACCUACUACAUAGUUGCAGGAUGCAGUGUGUUGCUAAUGCUUGUCAAUGUCUUGGCGAUAGUCUUAAAAGUGUUCUGGAUUGAUGCUGUGCUCUUCUGGAGAGACAUGGUGACACCAUACAAAACUCAGAAUGACGGCAAGCUCUAUGAUGGCUACGUCAUCUACCCACGGGUCUUCCGGGGCAGUGCAGCAGGGAGCAGCUCCGUGGACCGCUUUGUUCAUCACACUCUGCCCGACGUUCUCGAGAAGAAAUGCGGCUAUAAGUUAUGCAUUUACGGGAGAGACGUGCUGCCCGGACAAGACGCAGCCACGGCCGUGGAAAGCAGCGUCCGGAAGAGCAGGCGGCACGUGUUCGUCCUGGCGCCUCUCAUGAUGCACAGCAAGGAGUUUGCCUACGAGCAGGAGGUUGCGCUGCACAGUGCCCUCAUCCAGAACGAGUCCAAGGCCAUCCUGAUUGAGAUGGCGCCUCCGGGCGAGGCGAGCCGCCUGCAGGUGGAGGGCCUCCAGAGUUCUCUCCAGCACCUUGUGAAGACACAGGGCACCAUCAAGUGGAGGGAGGACCACGUGGCCCACAAGUCUCUGAGCUCCAAAUUCUGGAAGCACGUGCGGUACCAAAUGCCAGUGCCGAGCAGGCCCCCCAAGACGGCAGCCGUCGGGGCGCCUUUGGCUGGCAAGGCGUUGGACCUGAGACGCUUCUGA